AUGUUAUAUAAAAUGAUUUUAAGGUUACAUCGUGGUUUACCAGUAGAAAUCCAAUCUCUUGGAAACGAAUAUGUUCAUGAUGAAUUUAGGAGACACAAAACAUGCAAUCCUACUGAAUCGCAUAUUUUUUUAAAUGAAUGGACGGUAACCUUAUUAUAAUAACAUAAUAUUUAAGUAACUAUAGAUGGUAAUGAUAUUAUAAUAACAUAAUAUUUAAGUAAUUAAACGACCUAUAUAUAAAUAAUCGUCCAUAUUAAAUUGUUUAUUAUUGUCUUGAUUGUUAGUAAUAUCUUAAAAAAAAAUAUAUAUAUAUUUAUAUAACUACUUAAUGUACAGGAUUAUGCAUUGUCGUUAGCUAAGCAACUUGGAUUGCGAGGGCCAAAGACAUCAGAACCAAUAGGAAAGAGUUUAAAGGAAGAAGAUUUUGAUAAACUAAGGGAUGAACAAUUACAUCAAUUAUAUGAAUUAAUGGUAGCUGCAACAGGAAAAUCUGAAAAUAAAUUCAAUAAAUCAUAGGUUCAAUGUUUAUAAAUGUAAAGUAAAGAAGGUCAUAAAGAAAAGAUAUUAAUAAAUAUAGAAAGAUGAAAGGUUGGAAAGAAUCGGCAAGUUUGAUUUUAGCCGCACGACAUAGACAAAAAUAUAAUAGGGCCUUGCCAUCUUUAGUCUUUCAGUAUAAUUACAAAUUACUAUGUUUGAAACGUCAUCGAAAUUCGAGUUUUUAUCCGGAAUCGUAUGUAUUUCCUGGAGGAGUCGUACAUCCAGCUGAUGCAGAUUUAAAAUGGCACAAUUUAUUUCGUACCUUUGGUUUUGAUACCAACAGCUUUAAUUCCUUAUUCCCCAAUACUAAUUUACGUCCACAAAUAUUUCAAUCAAAAUCGAACGAAUUGCCAAAAGAGAUCUCUCUACGUAUCACUGCAAUUCGUGAAACGUUUGAAGAAUGUGGUAUUUUGCUUUGUAAACAAGUUAAAAGAGAUGGUAUUCUUUCUAAUUGGGCCCAUGUUCUAUCAAUUCCCGAAGAGGAUGUACAAAAUUGGCAAACUAAAGUACACGAUGAUGCUACAGAAUUCUAUACAAUGUGUGAAAAAUUAAAGUGUUAUCCUGAUUUAUGGUCUUUACAUGAAUGGAGCAAUUGGUUAACUCCAACAUAUUUUACUACGAAACGUUAUGAUACUAUUUUUUAUAUGGCUUGUAUGCCAUUGAUACCAUAUUCUAAUUAUGAAACUAUUGAAAUGGAAGACAUAAAAUGGGAUACACCAAACAAUAUAUGUGCAGCUACAGAUAUGAUGAUGGCUCCUCCACAACAUUAUGAAAUUUCAAGAAUUGUCAAGUAUGAGUGCUUGGAAAAUUUAUUGGAUUUUGCAAUAGAGAGGAGUAAACUUGGAGUAGAAUUAUAUUUACCGAUCAGAGUGUUGUUAAGAGAUGGAAAAAUGCACGUCUUACCAGGAGAUUGUAUGUAUCCUAAAAAUCCUAGUUUAACAGAAAAACAAAUAAUUGAUAAAACAAAUAUGACAAUCGCCGAAUUCGAAGAAAUAUCACCUGUAAAGAACAGAAUCAUAUUUUUUGAUCUCGAAGUAAAGAAGGUUAUAGUUCAUAAUUUCGAUAGUACAGAAGGCCAUAUAGCGCCAAUGCCUGUCGAAAUUGUUUAUAUUAAAUCUUUGGAUAAGAAGUAACAAAAUGUAUUAACAUUUUAUUUAUUCUGUAUAAUUUUGCUUUUAGAAUAUAUAUAUAUAUAUAUAUAUGGGA